GGGUGAGGGAGAAAGAGAGAGAGCACUGUUGGUGCUGUGUAUUCUGGGUUACCUCACACAUGCACUCUUUAGACACAGUGGGGAGAAGAGGCGCUGAAUCUAUUGUUUUCUUUCUGAGAGAGCGCUCUGCAGACCUGAAAACACAAAGAUUCCUGCCGUAGUGGAAUGCCUGUCUUUCCUGGAUAUCCUUUAACGUUAUAGUGUUUUCUCACCGAAUUUCUCCAUCCUUGGUUUUUCUGGAAUGAGCUGUUUCCUGCCUGCGUCGUUUCCAUGCCAGCAUGGGAACUGUCGUGUCUAAAAGGAAGAAUUUAAGAAACGAUGCGAUAUCUUCCGUGGCAGCAAAAGUUAGAGCAGCGCGAGCAUUUGGAGAGUACCUGUCCCACACACACCCUGAGAACCAAAACGGAUCAGCCCAUCUCCUGUCUGACACGUUUGUGGGCCCAGACUCUGACUCCCCUGGUGGUGUCCGUCACCACAACAACAACCAUCCAUAUCCCCACGGGGGUUCUCCAGCCCUCCCUGAGUCCAGCCUGGUGAAAUCUCCGCUGGGCCACCUCCAGCCCCCGCCCCCCUCCAUCACCACCACCAAGACCCGCCUGUCUCUGGAGCGCAGCUUCUCAGCCGAAGAGGACCAGCAGAAGUGUGUGGAGUGUGCCCUGCAGCCUGCCCGUGUCUACACCAUCACCGGAGAGCACAGUAUGCUGGGUAGCAACCGGGGCAGCAAGGAGAGCCUGGAGCUGGAAGUGCUGAAGGGGGCGUCGACCCUGGUCCAGCCCUCCACCUCCCCCUCCUCCACCUCCUCCCCCACCCAGCACCACCUUCGCCAUGGACACCGUGGCAACACUCAUCGCGACGAUGGGAGCCAUCGUCACGGCAACCCUGUUGCCGGCGGCAGCAGCAGCAACCACCACACCCUGGCUGUUACCGGCGGGGGUGCUGCCCACCAUGGUCACCAUGGCAGCCACCACCACCUGUCCCAGCAGCCCCUGUCAAGCUCGGUCAGCGCCCACAACAUCCGCAGCUGGGGUGAGGGGGGAAAGGGGGGCUCGCGGGAGGACUGCAGCCUCAACAUGGCCUUGGACUCUAGCGGGGCUCCAUCCCGUAGCCAGGGCUCCCUGGAUCUAGAGAGCUCCCGCGAGGCAGGCAAGCAACACAGACUCCUUGAGAGGAUGUGGAGUGUGGACCGGAUGACUGGGCUGGAGAGAGAGGACAACAACUGGUACCCAAAAGAAAAUAUGUUCAGCUUUCAGACUGCUUCUACCACCAUGCAGGCGAUAUCGAACUUCCGGAAGCAUCUUAGAAUGGUGGGCAGCAGGAGAAUGAAGGCACAGACAUUUGCCGAGCGUAGAGCGAAGAGUUUCAACCGCUCCUGGAGUGACCCCACCCCUGUCAAGAAUGACUCUUCACAUGACACCAGAGACAGUGGGGACCUGCCAGCCUCUUGUGGGACUCUGGAUGAGGGGGAGCGUGAGGACCUAGACUGGGAGGAGGAGAGGGAGAUGGAGAGACUGGCCUGUGAGGGAGAUGACUUCAUCCCACCCAAAAUUAUGCUGAUCUCCUCCAAAGUCCCCAAGGCAGAGUACGUUCCCACCAUCAUCCGCAGGGAUGACCCCUCAAUCAUCCCCAUCCUCUAUGACCAUGAACAUGCUACGUUUGAUGAUAUCCUCGAGGAGAUUGACAAGAAGCUAACAGCCUACAGGAGAGGCAGCAGAAUCUGGAGGAUGCUCAUCUUCUGUCAGGGAGGUCCAGGGCAUCUGUACCUGUUGAAGAAUAAAGUGGCCACAUUCGCCAAGGUGGAGAAAGAGGAGGACAUGAGUCAGUUCUGGAGGAGGCUGAGUCGGUUUAUGAGCAAAGUGAACCCUGAACCCAACCUCAUCCACAUUAUGGGCUGCUACGUCCUAGGAAACCCCAAUGGAGAGAAGCUGUUCCAGAAGCUAAAGAACCUGAUGAGGCCUUACUCCAUCCAAUUUGAGUCACCACUGGAGCUGUCCGCACAGGGAAAAGAGAUUAUUGAGAUGUACUUUGACUUCCGUCUCUUCCGCCUGUGGAAAACCCGCCAGCACUCCAAACUCCUGGAUUAUGAAGAUCUUUUGUGACGGGGCUCCGAGUGAAGUCAACCCUGUAGCAUAAAUACAGUCUAUACUGGGGCAGGAGGACCCACUCAACACCACUGCUCAACACAACUGUAACACCCAUCAUACCUGCUUUCAUCCAGGAGAGGGCUGGGAGAGGUGGAAGAGGAGAAGAGGAAGAGGAGUGAUAGAGAGGAGGAGGAGGAUGAAGGGUGACAUAGCAGCUUUCACGGUGCUGUGUGCCUAACCCAUUAUUUAUUUCAACCCUCCUCUUCACCUCCUACGCAACCACAAAGGUCAGGGGUUAAAAAGAGAGAAACCAAGCCAUAGGAAUGCUAGAAGGACAAGGAGACCUGAAGAUUGGAGAGAAAGAGUGAUGGAGUAUAAACGGAGAGACAGAGGGAUGAUCUUCUGUGCUCUCUCUUUCUCUGCCUUGGGGAAGGUGUCUGAGAUG